CGCGGGCCUGGGCCGGGACCGAGGAGCCCUCACGGCAGGGCAGCAGCUGCUUCUCCUCUGAUGGCUCCAUGCUCUCCCAGGAGCUGAGAGCCCCCUGUGUGGCCCUGCUGUGCUUCAGGACGAGGGCUCUGUGCUUGCUGCAGCAUGGUCCAAGCCUGCUUGGUGUGCUCCAGAGUUCAUAGGGGCAGCCUGGCAGCCCAGGCAGCUGCAGAGGACAUGGACAAGGCAGAGAAGCCCAGUCCCCCUGCCAAGAAGCACGUGCGACUCCAGGAGAGGAGGGGCUCCAAUGUGUCACUAGUGCUGGAUAUGAGCUCUCUAGGGAACGUGGAGCCCAUCCAGCCUGUCUGCACGCCACGGGACAUCACACUGAAGUUUCUGAGGACAUCCAGCCACGUGCUGAGGAAACAGGAGCUCCAGCAGCACGCCCAGAGCCUGGCACAGCUCCAGGAGGAGUUUUCGAAAAUCCCACCCAACUUUGUGAGUCCGGAGGAGCUGGAAAUCCCUGGGCGUGCUUUCAAGGACAGAUACAAAACCAUUCUCCCCAAUCCUGAGAGCCGGGUCUGCCUCAGGAGGGCUGGGAGCCAGGAGGAAGACAGCUACAUAAAUGCCAACUACAUCACAGGCUACGCGGGCCGGCCCCGGGAGUACAUCGCCACACAGGGCCCCCUGCUGAACACCGUGAGCGACUUCUGGCAGAUGGUGUGGCAGGAGGAGGCUCCCCUCAUCGUCAUGAUCACCGAGCUCCAGGAGCGCAAGGAGAAAUGUGUCCACUACUGGCCCGAGAAGGAGGGCACCUAUGGCCCCUUCACCAUCCACGUGCAGGGGGUGAGCGAGUGUGUGGAGUACGUGGUGCGGGAUCUCUCCAUCCAGCUUGGGAAGGAAUGCCGCAAGGUCAAGCACAUCCUCUUCCCUUCCUGGCCGGACCAGCAGACACCUGAGUCAGCCAAGCCCCUGCUGCACCUGGUGGCCAAGGUGGAGGAGGCUCUGCAGACUGCAGCCAGCCCAGGGCCCAUCGUGGUGCACUGCAGCGCGGGCAUCGGCCGCACCGGCUGCUUCAUUGCCACCAGGAUCGGGUGCCAGCAGCUGCAGGACACGGGGGAGGUGGAUAUCCUGGGCAUCGUGUGCCAUCUGCGCAUAGACAGAGGUGGGAUGAUCCAGACGAGCGAGCAGUACCAGUUCCUCCAUCACACGCUGGCUCUCUACGCCUCCCAGCUGCCAGAGGGGGCAGCCCGCUAGCGCAGGGCUCCCGCCGGGCCUGUGGCUCCCUGCUCGGACCUCUCCUGCACAGCCUCGGGGACACCUUCACCAAAAAAACCCCUCCUGAUGCUGCCAGGCCACAGAGCAGCAGCGUGAGCAUCCCUCGGGAUGAGCACAGCCCAGCCAGCCCCGACUGUGGCUUUGGAGCCUGGGGAGCAGCAAGGUGAGGUGCUGCACUGGCUGCUCCAGGUGGCCACUGCUGCUGGCUCCAGGCAGAUUUCACCCACAGAAAGCAGCUUUGGCUUUUGAGAGGUGCAAGAUCUUGAACCAGAAGAGCAAGUUAUGUGGAGGAACUGCAGCUGGCAGAUGCUGGGAGUGUGGUUUGCCUUUCAGCUGCACACAAAUGUCCACCCUGUCAGACACAGCACUGGUGGAACUACCCUGAAAUAAACAGAGCCUCUGUC